GCGUUAAACGUCCUGUUGGAAGUCCGACAGCUUCGGUGAUUCCAAAACGCCUCGUGUGGGAUUUCUACCUUUUCCGAUAGUGUGAAAAAUAAUGUUCAACCAGCGCAGCGGCGAGUGACUGAAGAGCCGUCGUCCGUCGUCGUCGGCGGCGGAGAGCGGAGGCUUCUCGGGGAAGCGUCCACUGCGGUGACGCUGCGCCACUGGGAGCGGGGCCCUGCCUGCUAGCCUGCCAGCUAGCACACACAGGCUAGAACACGGGCAUGGACUCACAGACCCUCGUAGACGACCUGUCGCCAAAGAAGAACACCGUUUCUCUGCUCCCCCAGAUCAGUAACGGGCCGGUGACGGGCUCCCGCAAGCGACCGUCUGAGGGCAACUAUGACAAGGACAAGGAGCACUGCAUCGUCCUGUUUGACCAGUGGUCGGAGGCAGACCAGGUGGAGUUCGUGGAGCACCUGAUCUCCCGCAUGUGUCACUACCAGCACGGCCACAUCAACUCCUACCUCAAACCCAUGCUGCAGAGGGACUUCAUCACAGCGCUGCCAGCCCAGGGCCUGGACCACAUAGCGGAGAACAUCCUGUCCUUCCUGGACGCCCGCUCGCUGUGCUCUGCGGAGCUGGUGUGCAAGGAGUGGCAGCGGGUCAUCUCGGAGGGCAUGCUCUGGAAGAAGCUGAUCGAACGCAUGGUCCGCACCGACCCCCUGUGGAAGGGGCUGUCCGAGAGACACCAGUGGGAGAAGUACCUCUUCAAAAAUCGCACUACAGAAGUCCCCCCCAACUCGUACUACCACUCCCUAUACCCCAAGAUCAUCCAAGACAUAGAGACCAUCGAGGCGAACUGGCGGUGCGGCAGACACAACCUGCAGAGGAUCCAGUGUCGCUCCGAGAACAGUAAAGGGGUCUACUGCCUGCAGUACGAUGACGACAAGAUCAUCAGCGGCCUUAGGGACAAUUCCAUCAAGAUAUGGGAUAAGCAGUCCCUGGAGUGUCUGAAGAUACUGACGGGACACACGGGCUCCGUCUUGUGCCUACAGUACGACGAGAGGGUCAUCGUAACGGGCUCCUCGGACUCCACCGUCAGGGUGUGGGAGGUGACGUCGGGGGAGGUGCUCAACACACUCAUCCACCACAACGAGGCGGUGCUUCACCUGCGCUUCGCCAACGGCCUGAUGGUCACGUGCUCCAAGGACCGCUCCAUCGCCGUGUGGGACAUGGCGUCGCCCACCGACAUCAGCCUGCGCCGCGUGCUGGUUGGCCACCGCGCCGCCGUCAACGUGGUUGACUUCGACGACAAGUACAUCGUGUCGGCCUCGGGGGACCGGACCAUCAAGGUGUGGAGCACCAGCACCUGUGAGUUUGUGCGCACGCUCAACGGCCACAAGCGAGGGAUCGCGUGUCUGCAGUACCGGGACCGGCUGGUGGUCAGCGGCUCGUCCGACAACACCAUCAGGUUAUGGGACAUCGAGUGCGGCGCGUGUUUGCGUGUGCUGGAGGGGCACGAAGAGCUGGUGCGCUGCAUCCGCUUUGACAACAAGAGGAUCGUCAGCGGAGCCUACGACGGUAAGAUCAAAGUGUGGGACCUUCAGGCCGCCCUGGACCCCCGCGCCCCGGCCAGCACCCUCUGUCUGCGCACGCUAGUGGAGCACUCGGGCCGUGUGUUCCGCCUGCAGUUUGACGAGUUCCAGAUCAUCAGCAGUUCCCACGACGACACCAUCCUGAUCUGGGACUUCCUGAACGUCUCGACCAACGGACAGUCGGAGGGACGAUCUCCCUCGCGUACCUACACGUACAUCUCUAGAUAGCAGGUGCCACCAGCCAUCGCACCCUUUCUAUGAGGAGCCCUGGGCUGAUGCUGACUGGUGCGUCUGUCGCGGAAAGGAGCUCACCUCCACUUCUCCUUCCUCCUUCUGCUCAUCACUCUGUCGCCACCCAGCCACCUCCCCCCCCGACCGCCUCAGCCACCCCCACUGACUUGGGUUGGGGGGCGGGAGGGGGUGGAAUCUUUCCCUUUGCCUGUUUCCAGUUUGCACGCACAAGACACACACACACACACACACACAAACACACACACACACUACUUCACACACACGUACACGCACAACCCGGAGAGCCAACCCCCCCCCCCCCCACUCCCCACCCCUCACAAACACACCGUUGUCAUCGUGGUCCAUAUUUAUCUCCAGCCAAGUACUCUUUUUAAUGACAGUAUUAACCGUUAAGACCCCCCCCCCCCCCCACAUAACGGCAGAGGCCUUUUAAUUUGGAUUCUGCCACACACACAUCCCCCCCCCCCUCUCCAUGGACAUCGCAUCACAGAUGACUAUACAUCCCAGAUGAUAUGAUCUAUAGGUGUGUAGUCCUCACA